GUGAACAGUGACCACGACAAAUUUCCACGUUAGCGUUUAUAUUGUUAUUUAGACAUGUAUUACACCAUGGAACUCAGAAUAUGAGUCAUUUAACUGCAGAGUAUCAUAAACUUAUCCCAGGUAGUCUUUAAUUCGCGUUGUAGACAGGACUUGGUUGAUCGAUUUGUUAUCUAGGUAACGAUAUCAAGCUGCUAAUGUUAGCUAACAAUGGCUAACUGUAUGGUUUUUCACACUCAAAUAGCCUCCAUUAUGGAGGUGCUAGCGAAUGCAGCUGUGGCAGAGGUCUGUAAACUGGUAGAUGACGACUAUGCAGUGUUUCGUUUGGAAAUAACUCAAAGCCAGAAAGAAAACAGUGCAUUGCGAAGGAAAGUACAGCUACUCGAACUGAAGAUGGUACGGGAGCGCGUCCUCGCCACUCGCCCCAGUAGUGUCAAAAUCCUUGACCGAUACAGAGGAAUGGCAAGAGGUGAAGGACAUCUCACUGGAGGCCACAGGAGCUUUGUGAAGCCAGCAGGACACAAUACAUGGAGAGAUGACCAGCCAGUCACUGUUGAUGAGGGGAGUGGAACCUCAACCCAGCACGUUAUCGUGAUAGAGUCUGCAAAUGCAGAGGCUGCAGGUUCUGGGGUCAAGCUGGAGAGAACUGAAGGAGAUGAGGACCCACUGCACAGCACAGACAUCCAGACUGGAGCAGCGCAUGGAGUGGCGCUCCCUGUAGCCACCGAGGACCUCACCACCACUGCUGCGCCCCAGGCCAGGACCCGAUGCAGUGUCACGGAGGAGGAGGAGAGUCCAGAAGUGCUGCUGGUGAAGGAGGAGGGUCUGGGGAACACUGAGGAGACCAUAGUCAUGGAGGACAACCAGACUACACCUCCUCCUGAACCAAGAGAGGAACCAGCUGAGCAGCACAGGACCACACACAGUCUCACUGAGUCAGUAGACAUGGAGGAUGGGAAGAUUGAUCUGCUGCUGGUCAAAGAGGAGACAAUAGAAGAUGGACCAGAGAGCAUUGAUCUGCUGAGUGGACUAAAGAUGGGGGAGCAAGGUGAUUGGCUGGAGGCUAACAGAGGGGACUGGGCAGCCCUUUUGAAUUCCCAGGCCCAGACUGGUGCAGCCAAGGGCCCAGGGGACAACAUCACUGAGCAGGGCAGAACCAGAGGCGACAUGGUGGAGGUCAGUGGAUGGGACAGCGUCUUCAACUCUGGACUUGGGAACAACACUGUUAACCACAACCAGAAACAGACAUUCGAACACAAAGCAACAGCUGAACUUAGUCUCUAUGACGACAGACUGUCUGAGACCAGGGAGAGAGGUAGAUUUGGUCUGCAAGGACGGGGGCGUGUCCCUAUGCAGCGGGAGAGAACAGACACAGACUCGGCUAGUGAUGCUCCGUCCUGCUCCUAUAGUUGUGAUUCAGAGCGACUGAUGACGCCUCAGAUAAACCCCCUAAAAGGUGCUGCCUUCAGCCUGCCUUCUAUAGGAUCUAUCAACUGGAACAUGGACCCUGUGACAACACAGACACUCCCUGGCCUUCAUCCUCCUCACACUCUCCUUAUGUUAAACCAGACCUCAGACAAUGCCAGUGCCUCAACACUAAAUGGCUACACAUGCCCAUUGACAAAUGACAGUAGUGGUGACGCUAUCAUCAGAUCCGGUGGCAAAGAGAAGCGCUUCCCAUGUUCAUUCUGUGGGAAAGCCUUCAAUUUCCGCAAACAGCUGGAGAUCCACCAAAGGAUGCACACAGGGGAGAAACCAUUCGGUUGCCACCUAUGCCGGGCCAGUUUCUCCCACUCGUUCACCCUGAAGAGGCACCAGAGGGUCCACACAGGGGAGAAACCCUACACCUGCCCCCACUGUGAGAAGAGGUUCUCCCACCAGCACCAUCUGAAGAGGCAUUUGAAGGUCCAUACGGGAGAGAGGCCGUUCGCCUGCACUAACUGUGGGAAGAGGUUCUCAGACAGGAGCUACCUCAGGAUACACCAGCAGAAAAACCAUUCCCAUCUAUAACAUAGAAAGUAACUAUUCCACUCGAUAGCUUCUGAUGUUUAGAUCAGACCAUGCAUUAAAGACAAAUAUGCAUUUUUUGUUGUCAGCAGAAAAGAUCCACGAAUGCAUUUGGAAUAACAAGAGUAAUAGAUUUCAGAUUUUCAUCUAGAUUUGUACAGUGCCUUGAGAAAAUAUUCACACCCCUUGACUUUUUACACAUUUUGUUAUGUUACAAAGUGGGAUAAAAAUGGAUUUAAUUGUACUUUUUAUGUUAACAAUCUACAGAAAAUACUCUUUAAUGUCAAAGUGUAAGAAGAAUUCUAACAUUUGUAAAACAUUUAUGAAAAAUAAAACACUACUAUACUGUAUCCUGAUUAGUAUUCAUACAGUGCAUUCGGAAAGUAUUCAGACCCCUUGACUUUUUCCACAUUUUGUUACGUUAUA